CGCGGAGGAGGCGCCCGAAGAGGCCAUGGGUCCUUCCCGAAGCGUGGUGCGGGGCUGACGGCGGGAGUGAGCGCCGCGCCCUCGGAGGAAAGCUUUGUCGUGGGUGUGAAUUCCUGUCGGAAAUGGAGGGAGCCUUCGUGCCGAUCGGGGAGCGGCGGGGCUGGAAAGCCUCGCGCGAUGCGUGAAUCUGUGCAUCGACGCCGUGAAGUGAUUGUGUCAAUUACGGACUCUUUGUGAUUGUAAAUUGCAACAUAUUGUGUUGGAGGACAAGGACACCAGCAGCAUACCUUGGAUGUGAGUGGUGGAUGUGAGGAGGAAACGAAUGCGUCACGGUCGCUGGAGGAAAAGAUAAAAACGGAAAUAGAACCUGCUUGAAAUAAAGAGAAAGGGAUUGAAGGAGAUGUGAGGAGAGAAGUAAUAUGUCCCGAUAAUUGAGAUAAAAGAGAAACGGAAAGUAAAGGCACCUUUAAGAUAAGGAGAAAGAGAUAGACGGAAACAAAUGUGACGAGGAAAGGGAUUUAUCCUGAUAACUGGAGGAAAAAAGGAACAGAAAAAGAGGCAUCCUAUGACAGAAAAACAGAUCGGAUCGCCAGCAACGGAGGGCCCUUAGUGAUCGCUUGGCACAUGCCCGAGCGCCCCAGGCAUCGCCCAGCAUGAAGGACUCCCCGGCCCGAGUCUGGCUGAUGCCCAGGGACGACCUCGCGCUCACCGCCAGCCCUAAGAGCAAGAGCUUCUUCCGAGGCGCCCACGCAGCCGAAGCCAAGGACCAGCCCGCCGGCGCCAAGGACUCGCCAGCGCCCAGGAACCCCAACUCUUGGGACACGAGGACCGCGGGAACCAACCCGCCCCCCUCGGCCUACAGGCGGUUCUGCCACUGGUUCGGCUCGCUGCUCAGGGCUAGGAUUAAGCCCAGCGACGUCAUCCUCGUGCGGGGGCUGGACCAGCCGCUGCUGAAGGCGGAGGACGUCGAGCCGGAGGAGCCCAAGCACGAGGACCUCCCCGAAGUCAACUGAGGGCGCGGGAAGAAGCGAAACACGAAUCGGCAACCUUGGCUGCGGUGUUGCCAUGCGACGACCCUCCAAAUUCGCGAAGAGAGCUGGCGAAAUUGCGACUUGCAGCAGCAUGGGCGACUCCCCGUGACAGGAAAAGGCGCGGGAUGGACAGCGGACUGCGUCUGUGGCAGCGCGCAUGUGUGACCCUCAAGAUGGACCUCGUGGUGUUCUCCAUCCUCAGCGUGUGCGUCAUGUUCGGGAUGUUCAUGCUCAUGUACGUCGUCAUCUGCGUGUCCCUGUGUCGAGACUCGCAGUGCUGCAACUUCUGACGUCCACCCCGGGGCCCCGUCGUGUUGUAUCUUCCAGUCGGGCAACAUGCAAGGCCGAGUGUAUGCCAGAUUUCGACGUCCGCGUUGCCUUCCGAGACCUGCGGCGGCGCCCCUGUGAGCGCGGCCGGCGGGAGGACCGAGUUCUGGCCUCGAGAGCAGCCCUCUGGCAGAUGCUGCGAAGGAUUAGCAACGCCUGUCUAAGAGGUCCUGUAGCUGCGAUUGCAAUUCAGGAUAUAUACUCUCAUGCCAAGUGCGAAUCUGCGAGAUAAAGGAUUUUCUUUGACAAUAUAUGUUUUUUUUUCUAAACUGACACGUUGGGAAAAGUGUUCCGCCAUUUAUUUUCAAUUCGCUCUCUGCAAGCGAUUUUAGAUGCAUGGGGGAAAAAUAAAGAAAUAAAGAUUAUAAAAGGUAUAAAAGAUAAGAUAAAGCAUUUAAGUACAGAAAAAAAUCUGAUAAAGCACUCGAGUAUCAUUGAAAAAAAAGAGAAAGAGAGGGAGAGAGAGAGAGAGAGACCAAAUAAAUAGACUCUCUCUCAAGCACCGUGAAACUAACGUGUAGGAUCCUAGGAUGUUACCUUCACCGCAGUCCUAAGACCGGAAAUUACCUUCACCCUUUCCCUCCCCAGAUAGAUGUGUCAGGAACUGGCUAUGCAUCUGAAGGAGAGCAACAUACCCAGGGGAGGCGGCGUGCUGUCCCUUGAGCCUUCUGAAGACAUCAAUAGAAACGCACGGUCGAGUAGCGGCAGCACAAGCCUGUCGGAGAAGCAAAUCAUCAACAACAACAACAACAACAAUACAUUGGUCAACAACAACAACAUCAAUACUGCAGUCUGCGACAAGGAUAAUCAACCGGUUCUCAUUAUUGGCACAGCUGGAACGAAGAGUAACCCAACAGACAGCCAGGUGGUGACACCGUGCCAGCUGGGUGCCAGAGAUGGCAUGAGUCACCCGUCACCCACUUCUUCGCUACCGGAUCUCUCAGAGAACGGGAGUUGUGGCAGCGACCGCCUUCACCAUCCGUCGAUCUCCUCCGGGGGACCCAACCACCUGCGCCACAUCAGGUCCUCCUCCAACUGCUCUCUCUCGUCCAUUGACAACGACGAGUCUGACCUCGAGUCGUUCAGCUCGCUCGAGGUCGACAUCCCCCGGGGCGACGCCCAGGACUUGAAGCUCGCCAAGGAGAGGGACUCGAGGAGCCUCUUAGACUUCGAGGUGCUGGGCUACCACUCGCGCCGGCCGAGCUCCUCCUCGUGCGGGUUCCAGGAGGCCGAGGCGUGGCCAGGGGACGGCCUGACGCAGCUCAGCCCCCAGUGUAAUGACCUCAGCCCCGACAAGAACACCACCAACAACAACAUCAAUGAACUAGCGAGCAGCGGGGCGUUCGUGAAGUCGUUCUACGAUAAGCCGAAGCUCCAGCUCAGCCCCGACGCGUAUGUGAACAACCGGGCCGGAGACGACAAUGGCAACGUAGCCUCUCCUGACGGGAAAAGCGCCGCCGGGGAAAUAUGUAACUCCUGCCCCUCCAGCCCUGACUCGCCCGGAUACGUAUCCGAAGACGAGAACCCCUCUGACAUCGAGCAGAAAAUGGCAGAGACCAAAGUGAAGAUGAACGAUGCAAUUCUGUCCAACGGGAAGGAGGAGCUAGCACUCCACAGCCGGAAGAUGAAGCACUACAUCAAGCACAAGGAGCUGAAGGAGAGCUGCGGCGCGGCGGCCAACCUCAAGCACACCAACAACAACGCCCUCAAGCAGCCCAACUCGCUCAAGCUGCCCGACACCAACGACGGCGACAAUCGCUACACGCAGGUGCCCGAGAGCCCCAUCGUGGACGCCUACGAGAAGGAGUGCCUCGACGUGCCCGAGAAGAUGGUGCGCGAGCUGGAGAAUCAGGCCAAGGAGAGCGCGGAGAUCGGCGCCGGAGACGACUUCAUCCCCUGCAAGAAGGAGAAGAUGGAGAUCAAUGAACACAAGAAGUGCCGCACGGACGAGAAUGAUAACGACGACUCGGCUCCCGUCACGCCCACGGUCCAGACGCCCGUCAAGAGACCCGAAGGCGAAGGCAACAAGGAGAACGCAGCGCCACCUUCCUCUGUCACAGCGCCUCCUGCAGAGAAGCCGAGCCUGGCCCGUGUGACGUUCAGCGGCGUGGACGAGGUGGUUGUCCGCAGGCACGACAGCCCUCAGCGCCGCAGGGAGAAGGCCGCCUUCCGCAAGUCCGUCCCGCAAGCGUCCUGCGGUUCCUCGGCCAGGGCUAAGCUGGGCUCUCCUGACGGGGGAGAGUUCGAUGUGUACACCAUGGAGACGGCGAUGCCCAAGAUCGACUGGGACGCCAUCGAGGCCCACCUCAAGGCCACGAAGGAGGAGGAACGGCGGCGGCGCAAUGACCGAGAGGAGAUUCGGCGGAAACUGGCCAUGGGGGUGGAUGAUGACCAGUUCAUGGAGAGGCCAUAUCGCAAGCCAUCACUACAUUCCCGUUUACAGAGUGGUAUGAACCUACAAAUAUGUUUCAUGAAUGAGACAGCCAGUGACUGUGAAAGCCAGUGCUCAGACACAGAAAGUACUCAAGAUAGAGAAAUAGAAACAGAUCGGGUCUCAACCUCAUCUUCAAACAGCAAGGCUUCAACUCCACAACCAACAAGGACUCGGACGUCAAACUCUGAAUCUGAUAUUAGGGAGAAGGAGGUUGAUUUCUUCGCUCGGCAAGCACAGCUGCAAGCAGAGGCUCGCUUGGCGCUUGCACAGGCUAAGGAAAUGGCCAGAAUGCAAAUGGAGAUUGAGAAGCAGCAGAAAAAGAAGAGUCCCAUUGCAGAGAUUGUGAGGGAGAGCUUCCACAAGAUUGGUGUGCCAUUCCCAGACAGCAAGAGGCGAAUCAGCAGGCAGAUUCUCACAGACAUGAAUGUUGCACAGUUGCAAGUUAUUGCAAAUGACCUACACACACAAAUUGAAAGCUUGAAUGAAGAUUUAGUCACUUUACUGAUGGAGCGAGAUGACCUGCACAUGGAGCAAGACUCUAUGUUGGUUGACAUUGAAGAUCUAACAAAACACAUUGGCGCCAAGGAGCUGAGCCUCCAGCGAUCAACAGACAGCAAGGAUGAAACAAAGACAUCCUGGACCACAAGCCCAGCCCCAAGAAACAAAUCUAAUUCCAUGAGACUAAAGAUUAAGAAGUAGUUUGAAGGUCCACCAGCAUAGCAGGUGGCAGCAUAGGCAGGUUAUUCAAUUCCUAUAUGUCAGUGUACUGAUCAACUAGCUAUUAUUAGCCUGGUGGGUUGUCCACAGAGAGAAAGGGAAAUAGUACUCAUGAAUAGUGAGAUUGAAAUAACCAUCGUCUUCUGUGCUAGUUCUAGAGUUUGGACUGUCAGAGAUUUUAUCAUUGAACAGGGGGAUGAUUUCAACAGUCAUUUUCACAAAAGUGAGUGAAUGAUCCCAGUAAUAGGAAUAUGAUAGUUAUUUUAUAAAAAGUUUAAUCGCUACUAUAUCAUCCUACUGAUUAACUUUGAGCAGCUGUAUCUUUUGUAUUCAAAGUUUUCUAUUUGUUGAAUAGGUUUUCCUUCUGGCAAGUGGUUACUAGUUUGC